AUGGUAUGUAAAUUUACCAAAGACGAUGGAAGUAAUCUGACUGGGGCGAACAGUACUUCGAGUCCAGUGAAUAAUAUCUUACAUUCCAUGUUUACGGAAAUCGAUAUCAGUCUGAAUGAGAAAUUAUUGUCUUACCAACCCAGAACUUUAAAGACACAGAUGAGAGCCUGUAGUCUGUGGGAAAAAGAUACGACAGAACACAUGGACGAAGUGGGGUUAGAUGACCUUGGCGUAGCUCAAAAUAAGACCUUUAAUGUAACUAAAGGCUCAAGUGCCGAUACAGUGACCAUUAACGAACCCAUCCUCACAGAGUUACCAGCCAAUUCUAAAAACGAAGGGUUUAGAAAACGUCACCAAGCCAUCGACGAUAGUAAGAAAAUCAUCUUGCUGGAUGGUUUACAUUUAGAUUUGUUUCAACAAGAUCGAUUUCUGCCCAGUGGAGUGGACGUCUGUUUGCGAUUUAAUCGAGCUAGACCCGCUUUCUACAUGAUGAUCAAAGGAGGAAGUACAGGAAAAGUGAAAAUAUUGAGUAUGGUCUUGUGGGUGAGAAAAGUCAAACCCACAGCAGUCAUGAUGAAUACCAUUAAUCAAAGUUUGAACACCCACAGAGCCAAAUAUCCCUUGAGAAGAGUGGAAGUGAAAACCUUUACCAUCCCCACAGGAACUCAGUCUAAGAUUACGGAUCAUCUGUUUCAAGGCCAGAUGCCUAAACGUCUCAUUUUAGGCUUUGUGGAGAAUGCUGCCUUUAACGGAGAUAAAACUAAAAAUCCCUUCCAUUUCUAA